AUUUGCCCAUCCAGCCCCUCCACGUAAUUAUCCCGGCAGUACGCUAUAGAGUAGGGUUUAUGCUUUCUCGCCUUCCACAUUCCUUCCUGCCUGAACAGCAACUAUGGCUAAACCAAAAGAAAAGAAGAAGAAGGCAGAAGACCAAAGCCCUAGCAAAUCUGAUGUAGGCAAAAACAAUGAUGAUGAUACUCGAAACUCCCAACACCAAGAAAUUGACGAAGCAAAAUCCAUUAAGAAGAUGAAGAAGAAGAAGAAACAGAAGCAUACAGUGACAAUGGAAACCAUAGCUGAAAAUCCUAAUAACAUUUCUCCCAUUGUUGGUUAUUUUCCUUCUGGUUAUGACCCAUUAAAGAACAAUAACAGUAACGGUGUUGAUGAAUUGAGUACAAAGUUAUAUAGGAAUGUCAAAAGAAAUAAUCGAUUACAGCUUGUGGUUAGCCCUAAUGGGUCACAAGUGGAUUUUGUUGGGACUAAUUAUUCUGGUGAAGCAGCAUCUGCUCAGUUGUGUGCUUACUCGCUUGGGGUAUUUGAUAAGGGAACUCGAACUCUCAAUAUUGUUCCUAUUGCUGCAAAUAAGAUACUUAGGUUGGAACCUAGAGUUAGAGGGUCAGACGGACCGGAGACUGAAGAUGCAGAUACAGGCAAGCAAGAACUCACUGCAGUAGAGAGGGAUGAAAAAUUGAGAGGUUUAACUCAUAUGUACUCAUCAAAGAAGUCUAUACGACAGGCUGAGAAGCUUGAUUCCUUACGUCGACAAGAAGAUACUGGAAAUCAAGAGGAAUUUGACAGGAAUAUAGCCGGGGCAAUAAACAAAGACGCUCUUGAAAUUGCCGUUACCACAGAUAAUGCUCGGAAUACACCACCAUAUGAUCUAGCUGCCACGACACCCCAAUUGGCAUAUCCGCUGGAAAGGAUUAUUUCCAAUGGAGAAUGGGAUUAUCUUUUGGAUGUUUUUAAACUCAUGAAAGCUGGAGCAGAAAUGACACCUGGUGUUUAUCCAAGCUUUGUUUGCAACAGAUCCUACAAAUUGGAACAUAUACAGGACGAAGAUGAGAAGAAAAGGCUGGCAGGCAUAUUCUCGUUCAUUACUCAUCUUGUUAAGUUCAAGGAUAAACAUUCUAUGGAUGGUGUAUCAUCGGCAAAGCAUCACAAGAUUCCUGGCAUCUUGUUCCAGAAGUUCUCUUCAAUGUUUGCCAUUCCAGAUUCAAAAAGGCUUCCGGAAGAGAGAAAAAAUCUUCUUAUCAACUAUGUGUUGGUGCUUACUCUCUUUGCUGAUGAUUUUCGUACUGAUUUAUCAGAUAUAGCCAAAGAUUUGAGAAUGAAUGCUGUAGCAUUGCGGCCUCACUAUGAGUACUUAGGGUGCAAGCUUGUUCGUGAGAAAAAUGUACUGUUGGCUACACUUCCUGUUCCACUUACAUUUCCAGAUCCAAGGAGGAAGAGAAGAAGAUAGAUUCUCCUUUUAACAGUAACAUCAGACCUGGAGAGCCGAUGAAAUACAGCGCGUUCACUUCAGACCUCAGAUCGUUCCUGUUGUCGGUUUUUUUCCUGCUGUCAUGUUUGUUUGCCAUCAAUUCUGAAUAACUAUUUAUUGCAAGUUGAAACUUGAAUUUCUGAUAUGAAGGGCUGUAAUAUGGAUGUCAUAUAUCUAUCAGACUCUCACAUUUGAUUUGUAGUUCGCCCAUUAUGCAAGUAUAGGAGAGAGGCUAGCUAAAUAGCCUGUAUUAGAUGAUUUGACCUAUUUUCUUAAGAAAGGUUUUCAAUAUUUUUUUGAAA